AUGACUACAGUCACGGUUACCAACGAGUUCUUGUCCCGUGCAAUAAGGGCACACGACUUUAGUCCCCACAGCAAACCUCUAGUGAUCGGAAUAAGUGGUCCUCAAGGGUCGGGAAAAUCAUACGUAACCGAACAAGUCCAUACGUUACUACAAAAUGAGUUCAGUAACCUCAAUAUAGUCCAAUUCCUGAUGGAUGAUUUGUACCUCACCCAUGCUGACCAGGCUGCACUCACACAACGAGCGAAAUCCGAGUUGGACGACAACCGGUUGCUUCAAGGCAGAGGACUCCCAGGAACCCAUGAUAUCGAGCUUGGCAUCCACAUUUUCGACAGUAUCAUCCAGAGCCGUAUAUCUGGCAAAUUGGCCAGCCCCAUCAAAAUCCCCAGCUAUGACAAGUCGUUGUUCGCGGGAGAGGGAGAUAGGGACGAUCCAGCCCAAUGGCAGACCAUAGAAAACCCAAUCGAUGUGGUUCUCUUUGAAGGCUGGUUUAACGGAUUCAUGCCCUUGGACCCAGAUCAGUUGCGCAUCAAGUAUUUGGGAUCUUCCUCCGCUGCCUUGAUCCGCCAUAAAUUUCCCCACAUUGAAGACGUCAACGAGAAUUUGUUCCAGUACACAAAAAUAUGGAACCACUUCGACAAAUUUGUGUGCUUGGAAACAGCCAACAUAAGCGAUGUCUACACAUGGAGACUACAGCAGGAGCACGCAUUGGUGGCCCGUACUGGCAGCGGAAUGUCUGACAGCCAAGUAGAAGCUUUUGUUGACAGAUACAUGCCAGUGUACGAGCUUUACUACACCAACAUGUGUGCCCGCGGAGUUUCCGAUGCUACAAAUUCAAACCUAAGAAUAGGGGUGGAUUUAGAGAGAGUCGUCCAGCUGUCUACUGCGUGGUAG